ACCUCAUGUGGCACAUUGUGAGUCAAACCCCUCCAUGUUUCGAGAUCUUCAUUGAAGCAACCAUGUGUUCCUUCCCCACUCAUUUAUUGCUUCUUGUACUUCAAUUCUUUUUCUUAAUCAAUAUUGACUUUUUUCUCACUUCAUACACAUGACCCAUCACCUUCUUCAUUCUCAACACCUCUUCUUCACAACCCACAUUUCUAAAACUCCCCCAAUGGAUCAUCAAAAGUCAACCCUCCAAUCAGAUCCAUCAACUUCCAAUUUCCCAAUCUUAGCCAUUGCAGCCCUAUGCAUAGUUGCAACUGCUUUCUUAUUAGUUUCUUACUACUUCUUUGUCACUAGAGGCUGCUUCAAUUGGCAACAAGUCAACCCGUUAAGGCGAUUUUCGAUGGCCCGAGAACGACCCGUUACUGACCCGUUAUCGUCGGCUUAUUCGACUCCUCCUUGGCAUGUUAGAGGGCUUGAUGAAUUACUCAUCAGAGAGAUUCCCAUUUGUCAAUACACAAAAACUGAAGGGGACAAGAGGAGUUGGUAUGAAUGUGUUGUUUGUUUGAAUGAUUUUCAAGAAAUGGACACUUUACGGGUUCUUCCGAGCUGCAACCACGCGUUUCAUUUGGAUUGUAUCGAUAUUUGGCUUCAAAACAACGCGAAUUGUCCGCUUUGUAGGUUGAGUAUAUCGGGUGGUGCAAGAUACCCGAAAGAUCAGAUAAUUGCACCAACUUCUUCGCCUCAAGACCCCCAAUCGAGCCCGAUUGGUGGGGAUCAAGAUUUCUUGGUGAUUGAGUUGGAUCAGGAUGGAAACGGGUCAAGAUCGCAUCAAUCGAGAGGUCAUUCGCCAAGAAAGAUUGGUGGGAAAAGGCUUAAAACAAGAAAAACUCAUCAUGUUUCUAUCAUGGGUGAUGAGAGCAUUGAUAUUAGAGGAAAAGAUGAUCACUUUUCGAUUCAACCUAUUCGAAGAUCUUUCUCGAUGGAUUCAGCUAUCGACCGCCAUGUUUACUUAUCGGUUCAAGAGAUCUUGCAAAGCAAUGGGACUCUCCAAGAACCUAUGAACGAUGAGGAGGGAAGUACUAGUGGCAGAUCAAGACGACAUUUUUUCUCGUUUGGGAAUGGUCGAGGAUCAAGAAACGCGAUUCUACCAAUCUAGUUUUAGUAUUUUGCGUAUAGAUGAAUCGGGUUUUCUUUCUUUUUUUGAUUAAUUUUACGUUCUUUUUUCGUUCUUUUAUCGGGUUUGUAUUAGAAAAGAUAGCAUAAUGUAAAAGAUUACACUUACACAAAAAGAAAAAGAAUUUGGUUAUGGUAAAA